AUGGACAAGCCUAUACCAGCCUUCUACGCGUGUUAUCUGCUCCGAUCAACCGUAAGGCAUCAGUCGUUGUAUGUCGGCAGUACGCCACAUCCUGUCAGACGACGGAACCAACACAACGGCAAAGCGGCCGGUGGUGCACAUAGAACAUCGAAGGACUCUCUCCGGCCAUGGGAGAUGACGUGCCUGGUUACUGGCUUCCCGAGUAAAAUUGCCGCUCUGCAGUUUGAAUGGGCGUGGCAGAACACUCAUUUGACACGUCAUGUGACUGCAGACGAUCGUCUAACACAAGCAAAGUCAAACAUACGCGUCUCGCCCAUUUCAGGUCGUGUCAAGAAGCGGCCUGCCAGACCUCGGAUGGGUAUCACUGAGCGUUUGGGCAAUCUGCAUCUACUUUUGCGGUCGAGUAGCUUCGAGCGCUGGCCACUCAAUGUCACUUUCUAUGCUCAAGACGUCUUUCGGGUGUGGGAGAGAUGGGUUCGUCAGCACAUUGACCACCUAAGACCUGGCAUCGAGGUGAGACUUGAUCCAUCUGCUGCAGCCAAAAAGGACCAAGCGGUAGCAUCAGAGGACGCGGCAGCCGGUCUGACAGGCAUAGCUGCUCUGAAUAUCGGCUAUAAUGGCUUUGAAAGCCAGCUAGAGAAGUCUAAGGGCAUCUUCGAGAAUGGUGAAUGGCUGCAAUGUGCUUGCUGUCAAGAAGCUGUAGUCGCCAGUGGCCAUAUGACGUUGGUCUGUAGUACCGAAGGUUGCAACUCUGUGUUCCACCUUGACUGCUUAUCAACAGCAUUCCUGGAAGCAGAAGGCGACGAAGAUGCAAUGGUGCCAACAUCUGGUGCCUGUCCGAGCUGUGGUCUAGAGCUACAGUGGAUUGACCUUGCAAAGGAGCUAACUCUGCGCAUGCGUGGUGAAGCCGAGAUCAGUGCAUUGUACAAAAAGCGGCGCAAGAGGAAAGACGAUGGCGAUGCUGUUGCCUCCGAUGCAGAGAGCGAUAGGGAUAUCGAAGACAGCGACCAGGAUGAUUUUGCAGCGGACGCUGAUGAUUGGCAUGAGCUACCAGAGAGCAGCGAUGACGAGCCACUGGCUAUGAGGAGCGACCCAGGCCCUGCUGUUGUAAAGGAGAAAAGAAAACUUAUGGUGGAGGCUCCUGUUGUUGUCACACUGCCCCGACCGGAGCGGGAAAGAAUCAUUGAGGAGAGCGACUGGGAGGAUGCAGCCGUGAUCACCUGA